UCAAGACACUUGUCGCCUCCACCGUCUCCCUCCGUCAAAGAUCGCUUCCACGCGACACUCCUCCUACUCACUUCAAGGAAGAACAGAAAGUAAUUUUAAGGGAAAAAUAAAGUUAGAUCUGAAUCCAGGUGGAGCCAACAGACAGAAAGCACCAGCUGAAAACACCACAUGAUCUACUCACUACUGGUAUUAGUUCAGCCGUACGAUUGCCAUGCAAGAAAAGAGUUUGCUUAAGUAAAGCCUCUUGCGUCGCGUCAACUUGAAGAAGUCUUCAUUCAAAAUUCAAACAAGAUGAGAUCAAACAUGAACUUCAAGGGCUACGAGGAUACCAACAACCCCAAUUCCAUCGGCAAUAAUGGAAGCAGGCCGCCUGCAAAUCUCUUGAGGCAACCUUCAAUAUACUCCCUCACUUUUGACGAGUUUCAGAGCACUAUAGGUGGCCUUGGAAAGGACUUCGGCUCAAUGAACAUGGAUGAACUCUUGAAGAACAUAUGGACAGCCGAAGAGACUCAAUCACUAGCAAUGUCAUCUUCAGCUAACGGAGGAGAAAGUAGUAAAAACAACAUCACCAUCGUCAACAACAACAACAAUUAUUAUAGUAAUCCUAAUGGUAAUUUGCAGAAACAAGGGUCACUUACUUUGCCAAGGACUCUUAGUCAAAAGACUGUUGAUGAGGUUUGGAGGGACUUGAUGAGAGACAGUAGUGGGGGUAACAGUACGAAAGUUAAUAGUGGUGGGGUUGUUCCUUCCGCUUCUGCCAUGCCUCAGAGGCAACCAACUUUAGGUGAAAUAACAUUAGAGGAAUUCUUGGUAAGAGCAGGGGUUGUGAGAGAGGACAAUAAUAAUGUGCCUCUUCAAACUGGAAGACAUCAAUGGUUCAAUAACGACAACGCUGGCUUAAUGCUGGGGUUUCAGCAGCCAAACGGGAACUUGGGAAAUGCUAACCCGAUGGUGAAUAGCAAUAAUCCAGUUUCCAAACAACCUCCCACUGUGUCAUUGCAGGUAGGUAGUGGUACUGGUACUCAUACACAACACCAGCAGCCACCGCUUUUCCCCAAACCGGUGAAUGUGGCUUUUGCGGCGGCGGCGGCGGCUCCGAUGCAUUUGGUGAAUAAUUCUCAGAUUGACGGGAGGGGAGGGAUGAUGGGGGUUCAUCAGGGAGGUGGUUUGACGGUGGCGGGGUCUCCGAGGAGUCAGAUAUCGCCUCCGGCGGAGGGUGUGACAAGGAGCAAGGGGGAUCCGUUGUUGCAAUCGCCAGUACCGUAUGUGAUUAACAGGCCCAGGAAGUGCAGUGCGCUAGAGAAAGUGGUGGAGAGGAGGCAGAGGAGGAUGAUUAAGAACAGAGAAUCGGCUGCCAGGUCUCGGGCUCGCAAGCAGGCCUAUACUUUAGAACUGGAAGCUGAAGUCGAGAAACUCAAGGAUUUGAACCGAGAGCUAAAACGAAAGCAGGCUAAAUUUAUGGAAAUGCAGAAGAAUAAUAGCCAGGCUUUGGUGACGCUGAACGGGGCAGGGGGAGGCAAAAGACAGUGCUUGAGAAGGACACUUACAGGACCAUGGUAGAGACUCUGUGGGUUGGUCUUUUGUUUUCCAAGUGACUGUUAGCUAGAGGAAGCCACUGUGAUAAGGAUUGGAAUACCAGAUACCAGAUUAGGUUGGUAGCUUUAUGUAUAUUAAUGGUUGUAUCUUUAGAUUAUAUUAAAACCCAUGUAUUUGCUUUGUGGUGUUUGAUUUUCUAAUGUGUUCACAUAGGACUGUGUAGGACUAGACUGCUGAACUGCUUAAUAUCUAACCUUCUUUCUACUGAAUCUCAGUUUUGUUCACGAGUA